GCACGGAUCGUAUUCUUAGAGUCGAGGCCUGGUACACGGAGUGCUAGCCGCGAAUGCCGCGGCACGAGGAGGAAGUCGAAUUGCUGGGGAGGGACAACUCGCGGGAUCAGGUCCUUGCUAAAGGUGCUCUCAAACUCUUGAGGGCUUGGCAAGGGCCUGAGUUCCUUGGAGCUCUACUUGCUGGCUGCCUCUUCUCCGUGGGUUUCAUUAUCCUCGCCCUCGUGCCCGCAAUUCUCGCGUUCGCCCAGCAACACUCCAACGGCUCCUGCCGCUACAAUCGUGCUACCGUGGGAUAUAGCCAAGAAAAGUCAAUAAAUGUCUAUUUUAUCAAGCAUGAAAAUCGAACGUGGACGAACGAAGAAUUCUGUGCUAUCGAGACAGCUGCACAUCAUUAUCCGCAAUACAAUAUUUUUAUAAUAAAUCUAUUAAUUAAUGAAGAAUAUAUUUCAUCAAAAAAGAAAAAAAUACUAAUUCUUAACAAUGUGAACAGUUCGGAAACAAAGUUAAGAUACAAACUUUCGGAAAUCUCGAAUGUUAACAAUAUUGACAUUAGCGUUGAUAGAUUUUUCGCUAGAUCGAUAAUGUCAAAAGGAAUUAAGAGGUUGAACAGUCAUAAAAUUGAAUUGGCUGCAAAGUUUCAAGUGAUUUGGGAGUCGAGUGGGAUCGCCCUUGAGCCUCUUACUAUUCUUCAACUGGAAAGUGUUAAACAUUUUAUCAAUACAAAUAAGAUCGACAAACUCGCAAGUAUACAAGUCGAUAAUGAUUUACAAGCAACGACUGUUCCUUGUCAAUCAUUUAUUGGCUUUGUCAUAAGUCAAAUGACUAAAGUCACUUUCACGGAUCGUCAAACUCUGUUGAAGCAUGCAUUGAUGGAUUUUUGUCGAAGUUCUAUGGAUUGUGUAGGAAUACGGAUUUUAAAACCAUUUUCACAAGGUCUCCCAAAAUUGUCUUGUUCAACACUUGAUUCUCUUAUUAAUACUAACUAAGUCUUAAAUAUUAAUAAUGGCAAU